GAGCAGAAGGCUGCCCUCAUCUUUCACUAAUGGCAGAAUAGAACGAACAUUGCCUAGGCCUGCAAGCUUGCCAAGUACUGGGAACUCAUGCACAUGCUCAUCAUGUCAAUCAGACCAGUUGGGUGGAUAUGGGGGCAGAUAUUGAAGAACUUUUCUGGGAGAGUUGAAGGGAUCCAGAAAGUUGUCAUGGACCUUGUAGGUGAGUUUAAAGAUGAAGUUCCUGCUGUCCUAAGAAUAUCACAGUCUGAUCAGAAAAAAAACUCCGGACAAAAAAAAUCCAAAAUUAAAAUGGCUAUUGAGUUAGCCAAGAUCAACAGAGGAACACUAAUUGAAGGAUUAAAUAGCAUAUCCAGAUCUUCCAAAUCAGUGGCCAAACUUCUGCAUCCUCAGCUUGCUUGUAGACUCUUGGAAUUAAGAGACAUAUCUCAUCGUCUGCUGAGGGAAGUUAAUGCCCCAAAGCAACCCCUAUAUAACAUGCAGGCCAGAAGGAGUUCUUUAUUUGAAAUUAUUUCCUUCCCAGCAAAGACUACCAUAACUAGUAUAAUGUAUGCUUCAUAUGCAGCGCUUAUUUACUUGGCAGUCUGUGUUAAUGCUGUGCUGGAGAAAGUAAAUAAAAUUUUCCAAGAAGAAGACUCCAUAAGGCAGAACAGAGAAGAGACUGAAAAUCUUCGAAAAGCCUUUUCUGAGCCUGUGCUUUCUGAGCCUAUGUUUCCUGAAGGUGAAAUCAUAGCAAAACCAUAUAGAUCAUUACCAGAGAAGCCUGACAAUAUUUCAGAUCACCCCAAGCUUCCUCCUAAUAAGAUGCAUAAUAAGAUCCAGGUUUUACAUUCUGUGUUUGACCAAUCAACUGAAAUGAAUGAAUGAACACAUCUGACCAUAAAUAUCAGUGAACAGAGCGUAACAGUCAACUCCUAUCAUUUCAUGACACCAAACUAGGAGAGGAGUUUUCAUAUAUAAACUGCUCAGUCUUUUUUUGUUUUUUCCGGACUAGUACUAAAAUGUCAUUAUAUGGGAGAGAAAAUAAAGUGACUCUUGAUGAAGAGUA